AUGGCUAACAAAGUUUUUACGGUCCAGAUCUUCUUCAUUGUUUUGAGAGAGACCUUGGAAGCCGUUGUCGUCGUUGCGGUUCUUCUUGCUUUCUUGAAACAGAGCUUGGGCUCUCGGAGCCCUGCUGUGCACAAACAGCUCCGGAAGCAAGUUUGGUGGGGUGCGGGUUUGGGUGUUCUUAUCUGUUUGAUCCUGGGAGGUGCAUUUAUUGGUGCAUACUAUUCUCUGGACAACAAUAUUUGGUCCAAAUCUGAAGAUUUGUGGGAAGGUAUUUUCUCCCUUAUCGCCACCGUCCUCAUUUCUUUUAUGGGUAUUGCCAUGUUGAGAGUUAACAAGAUGCAGGCCAAGUGGAGAGUCAAAAUCGCCAGAGCCUUAGUGACACCUCCUGUCAGCAAGGCCGAACGGUUCAAAUUUGGCUACCUCGUCAAAAAAUACUCCAUGUUCAUUCUUCCAUUCAUCACAUGUAUGAGAGAGGGUCUGGAAGCUGUUGUUUUUGUUGGCGGUGUCACUAUGACUUCUCCAGCUUCUUCAUUUCCAUUGCCAGUUGUUUGUGGUCUGAUUGCUGGUAUCGGUGUCGGUGUCCUCCUUUUCUACGGAGGUUCCACGGUUUCACUGCAGCUAUUCCUGUGCAUCUCUACUGCUAUCUUGUAUCUGAUUGCUGCUGGUCUAUUUUCUAGAGCAGUCUGGUACUUCGAGACCUAUAUCUUCAACAAACAGACUGGUGGUGAUGCUUCCGAAAACGGUUCCGGCCCAGGUACUUACAACAUCAAAAAGUCUGUUUGGCACGUCAACUGCUGCAACCCAGAGAGAGACAACGGUUGGGAUGUCUUCAACUCGUUGCUCGGAUGGCAGAACUCUGCCACGUACGGUUCUGUUUUGUCGUACAACAUCUACUGGAUUGCCGUCAUGUUGACUUUGGCUUUGAUGUAUUACGAGGAAAGACACGGCCACCUUCCAUUCACCAAAAACUUGACCCUCAGAAAGUUGAACCCAAUGUGGCACAUCAAGAAGAAGGGUAAGAACGAGUUGUCUGCUGAGGAAGAGGCCCGUCUUUUCAAGGAAGCCAACAGGAAGCUUGUUGAGCAAGCUCAGAAUCUUGAUGGUUCGAAUGAAUUCGGGGCUGCCAAAGUUGAGAAGGUCACUGCCGACGAUGAAGCAACUGCUCUGAAAUAA